AUGUCUUCUUCUGGAUCACCCAAAGACAACUCCUUUGUGAACAUGGUCAACCCGUACAUGAACGAGCUGAAGAUGCAUCCUAAGGAGUUGUUGCUAAAGGAUGGGAAGGUGCAGGUAGAAGAUGUUCGGGGACCUAAAGGAGAAGGAAGUCUGGAAGCUAGGAUGGAAAAGCUAGAGCAAGAAGUCUUUAAAUAUAACAAGGUGGCAGAACGUGAAGUGGAAAUCGUCCACAAGAUAAAUGCAGAGCUCAUCGCUGAACACAAGAAGGAGACUGCCGAGCUUUGGGAUGACAUCUUCUCGCUCCACUAG